AUGUCGCAUGUGCCUCGCGUACCAGAACUGCCUGGAAUCCAGGUCCCUCGCCAUUCUGAGCAAGAAAUAUGGCUCAAGCGACAUGUAGCGAGACUUUGCCAGCUGGACCACGACAGAUUUCCAGGGAGUCAACCCGUUAGCUUUGGCAUGAGAGAUCUGAUGAAGCUGGAACGCCAGGAUUACUGGGUCUGCGAAAAGUCGGACGGCAUCCGGGUGCUUAUGCUGAUUCAAACGGACUUGCAAACAGGCGACCAGAUGGUCUAUCUGAUUGACCGCCAUAACUCAUACCGCCAACUAAAUGGCCUCUACUUCCCCCAUUUCGAAGAUCCUCGAAAACCACUUCGCGAUACCCUAGUCGAUGGUGAACUCGUAUUAGACUACGAUCCUCAAACGAGACAAGAAACACUCCGCUUGCUAGCCUUUGACUGCUUAGUAGUGAACGAGCAGAACGUUAUGUCCAAGACGCUGGAUAAACGUUAUGGGAGGCUUCAAGAAUGGUUCUACAAGCCAUACGCCAAGAUGAUGAAGGACCAUCCUCAUAUGGCCGCUAGUCAGCCUUUUCAAAUCAAGGUCAAGGAAAUCAACUUUUCCUAUUCUGUUGAGAAAGUAUUCGCCCUCGAUAUCCCCGCUUUACAGCACGGCAAUGAUGGUCUAAUCUAUACGUGUGUCAACGCCCCAUAUUCCCCAGGAACUGAUACGAACAUUCUGAAAUGGAAACCUCCGUCCGAAAACUCGAUAGACUUCAAGUUAGUACUGCGAUUCCCGCCGCUACCGGCGGACUCUCAGCAACCUGAUUUCUACGCCAAACCUAUCUUUGCACUACAUGUAUGGUGCGGUGGGGACCGAAGAGCGGCGAAUUACGAACUAUAUGAUACAAUGCAUGUGGAAGACGACGAAUGGGAAAAGAUGAAGAUGUCAGGUGAACAGAUAGACGACCGCAUCGUGGAAGUGCACUGGGAUGCACAUUCCUCCCAUUGGCGAAUGAUGCGAUUUAGAGACGAUAAACCCCAAGGGAAUCAUCGCACCGUUGUGGAGAACAUCAUUCAAACUAUCAUUGACGGCGUGGAAAAAGAAUCACUGUUGGCAAGGUCAAAUGCCAUCCGAAGUGCGUGGAAGGCUCGACUUGGCCAACCAUCACAGCCCCAGCCUGCGACCAAUCAGCCUCCUGCUUCCCGACCCCCAGACAAGCAAAACCAGCGACCUGCUCCUCUUGAGCUUCGCUAUGGUCCCUUGCAGACGUCGCGAUAUAGCAAAGUCAGUGGACCUCAGACCAUUGCGGGCAUGCAACGGUGA